UUUCCAUAACAAUGAAUACACUUAAACGAUAGAGUAGUUAUUAUUAUCCGUGUUCGAUCCGGAAGAGGUAGAUGCCAAACGAGAUUUUCUUGGUAGGAUUAUUAUGGAAUAGUGGCAUCUUAAGCAAGAUUUCAGCAGCAGGCCCGCGUAGUAUGCCAGGAGUCGGACAAGACCUCAGUUAGCGAAAGAUUCAUAAAGGACAUGUUACCCAAUGCAAGCAUUUAAGAAAAAACGUUGAAACUUUUUGUUGUUUUCGUAUUUUACAAAGGCUACUAUUGUACCUAAUUUACAGACUGAUAGUGUAUGCAUCUGAUAAACCUAUCUAAUCUUGUCCCUUCAAUGUUUAUUUGAUUUACUCUGAGUAGUUGCAAUACUUGGUAUUUACGGUACUGUUGAGCUCCUAUCAUUAGCUGUAAGGUUAGGUAGGUAUAAUAGUACCUAUACUGUAGGUACCUAUAUCUAAUUUUCAGUCAAAUAAAGCCAUUUUUUGUGACUCGUGCCGGAUGAGACUCUUUUGUAUUUUAUAAUAAACAACCACCUCUAUUAAGCCUCAUUCUACUUGGACUCUAACUCAGGGCUGUCUUAACCAUAUGUAGCGUUAGGGUAGACAUCUUUAUAUUAUAAUCGUGCAAUGACACGAAAUAGAAUCAUAUUCCCGUAAUACCAAAUCCCUGUGUAAUAUAUUCCAGAACAGUCAGUCAAUCAGUAAAUUAGCAUAAAAUCAAUAGGUUUAUGUUCCAGAGCGAUCUGUAUAAUCUCCUCCUUAUGCUUAUAUUAUGUGCAUUCAUUUACAAUGGACGUUUUGCCUUUUUGUAAUUCGAUGCUAUGGCUCAGUGGUGCGAUACGAUCCGUAAACGCUACCCGCUGACUUUGCCUCUGUUCCGUAUUAAUAUGUACAGAUUAUUAAAUAAUUACAAAUGUAUUGCGUGCAGAAAAUUUAUACAGAGAAAUUAUACUAUGGAAGUUUCGCACAAUGUUGUACAAAAAGAACCACAAAAAGAAUCUUUAUUGCAUUUAAAUGAUAUUCCGGGACCAAAAUGCUAUCCUGUGAUUGGAACUUUACACAAAUAUCUGCCAUUCAUUGGCGAUUACGACGCUGAAGCUUUAGAUAAAAUUGCAUGGCUAAACUAUCGUCGGUAUGGUUGUCUUGUUCGGGAAGUUCCUGGUGUAAAUGUCAUUCAUGUUUACGAUCCCGACGACAUCGAAGCGGUGUUUCGACAAGAUGAUCGCUUCCCAGCGCGGAGGAGUCACCUCGCGAUGUACCAUUACCGGAAAAAUAAGCCACAAGUCUACAAUACUGGCGGGAUUCUUUCUACAAAUGGACCAGAGUGGUGGAGGCUAAGAAGUACGUUUCAAAAAAAUUUUACCAGUCCACAAAGUGUUAAAGCGCACGUGGAAUGUACCGAUGAUAUAGCAAAGGAAUUUGUACAAUGGGUUCAUAAUCGGAAAUUCCGUUGCAAUGAAGACUUUUUAAUUUAUUUAAAUAGAUUGAAUUUAGAAAUUAUAGGUGCAGUAGCUUUCAAUGAACGUUUUGACAGUUUUUCCCCGCAAGAGCAACAUUCAAAAUCGCGUAGUAGCAAAAUAAUUCAGGCAGCAUUUGGUUCAAAUAGUGGUGUGAUGAAGUUGGAUAAAGGUUUUCUGUGGAAGUUUUUUAAAACACCACUCUACAGGAAAUUAGCUCAGUCGCAGGAAUAUCUAGAAAAGGUGUCGACGGAAAUACUUAUGAAAAAAAUGAAGUUUUUUGAAUCGAAUGAAAGCGAUAACGAUAAAUCACUAUUGAGCUCAUUUUUGCAGCAGCCGAAUAUAGAUCAAAAAGAUAUAAUUGGUAUGAUGGUUGAUAUCUUAAUGGCUGCCAUAGAUACAACAUCAUAUACAACUAGUUUUGCCUUAUAUCAUAUUGCUCGUAAUCCAGAAUGUCAAGAGAAAAUAUUUAUGGAAGUAGAAUCAUUGCUUCCCGAAAAAGACUCAAGUAUCACUCCCAAUGUUAUAUCAAAAGCUGUGUACACACGGAGUACUAUUAAGGAAAGUUUAAGAUUAAAUCCAGUAUCCGUCGGAAUUGGCAGAUUACUUCAAAAAGACAUUGCGCUAAAAGGAUAUUUUAUACCAAAAGAUACUGUAAUAGUGACUCAGAAUAUGGUAUCGUGUCGGCUGCCACAGUAUGUUCGGGAGCCUCUACUGUUUAAACCGGAGCGAUGGUUAAGAGGUUCCUCUGAAUAUGAAAAUAUUCAUCCAUUUUUAAGUUUACCAUUUGGUUUCGGUCCCCGUUCUUGCAUUGCAAGAAGACUGGCUGAGCAAAAUAUGUGUAUUAUAUUAAUUCGGUUAAUUCGUGAUUUUCAAAUACAAUGGAAGGGUCGAGAAUUGGGGAUCAGAACAUUACUUAUAAACAAGCCAGAUCAACCAGUAACUUUGUCAUUUGUGCCAAGACGUUUAUAAGUUAUUAAGUAAUAGACACAAUUAUUAUGUUAAUAAUAUUUUUUGUCGGAAUGUACUUAAUAUGCCACUAAAUACUAGAAUAGGGUGAAUCAAUAAAAGCUCUUCAUAUAUUA